AUGCCUGAGGAAGUCCAAGAAGAUACUGUGGCACCCGUGCUGAGCCCAAGAAGCAGGCCGCCACUGGCCCCCAACCAUGUGCAGGAGGUGCACCUGCAUCAGGUGGAAUCCAUCAGUGACCUGCACAGCGGAGGCUCACUGCACCCCUACCUGGCUGAAGAGACACGCCCGUGGGAUGAACUGCUAGGGGUGUUGCCCCCAUCACUGUGUGCCCAGGCUGGCUGUGGCCCUCUGCACAGCCGGGGGGGCUUCCUGCUGCUGCUCACACUGCUGGUAUUCACCUGUCUGGCGCUUGCUGUCCUGGCUGUCUACCUGAGUGUACUGCAGAGUGAAUCGCUGCGUGUCCUGGCGCACACAUUACGGACGCAAGAGGAGACGCUACUCAAACUCCGGCUCGCCAGCCUCAGCCAGCUGCGGAGGCUCAACUCAAGCGAGGCCCGAGCACCCAGUUGA